ACAGGUCCUACUCCCCUAAACCCCGGCUGUUAGUGCUGUGUGUGUGAGUGUGUGAUCCAGAGCCGAGUCUCGGCACACAUUUAUUAUUAAAAAAAAUAAAAAAAAAAAGUCAAAAAACUGAAAAACGAAAAAAAUCAUUUUGUUAGUUUUUAUUAUAAAAAAGGUGAAGUGUUUUGUUCAGCUAUCAGAUCGAAGAAGCUGAGUAGGUUAAAGAGGCCGCAACUUGAAUUUCACAUUGCGUUUCCUCAUCUUGUUAGUUCAUCGGAGCAACAGUCCACAGGCGCGUGGUCGACGAACUUGGGAGCCUCAUUAAAUUGAUAAAACUUUUGCUGUUUUUUUUUAACGCGCAUAACAUAAUUGUAUUUAAAAAAAAAAAGUGAUAUUUUAAUUCGGCAGAUUUGAAACGUGCCUUUACAUUUCAUUCAGUUAUACACACUGAAUUUACGUUCCGAUUAACUAUUUUAACCGAACGCACGUUUCUUUAUUUUACUUAAGACUUUUUUUUAAUUUUAAAACGUAAAAGAUCUACAAAGAUGAACCCAAGUGCUCCAAGCUACCCCAUGGCUUCAUUAUAUGUUGGUGAUCUGCACUCAGAUGUGACAGAGGCCAUGUUGUAUGAAAAAUUUAGUCCUGCUGGGCCAAUCCUUUCUAUCCGUGUAUGCAGAGAUAUGAUUACACGAAGGUCUCUUGGAUAUGCGUAUGUUAAUUUUCAACAACCUGCAGAUGCUGAACGUGCUUUGGAUACUAUGAACUUUGAUGUUAUUAAGGGCAGACCUGUACGUAUAAUGUGGUCUCAGCGUGAUCCAUCACUACGCAAAAGUGGCGUUGGUAACAUCUUCAUCAAAAACCUGGACAAAUCCAUUGAUAAUAAGGCCUUGUAUGACACCUUCUCUGCUUUUGGAAACAUUCUUUCUUGCAAAGUAGUAUGCGAUGAGAAUGGGUCAAAAGGCUAUGGAUUUGUGCAUUUUGAGACUCAAGAAGCUGCUGAACGAGCCAUUGAAAAGAUGAAUGGUAUGCUGCUUAAUGAUCGCAAAGUAUUUGUUGGACGUUUCAAAUCACGGAAAGAACGAGAGGCAGAACUUGGAGCUAGAGCUAAAGAGUUUACCAAUGUAUAUAUCAAGAAUUUUGGAGAAGAUAUGGAUGAUGAACGACUUAAGGAACUCUUUGGCAAAUAUGGGCCUGCAUUGAGUGUUAAGGUCAUGACAGAUGACGGUGGAAAAUCUAAAGGCUUUGGCUUUGUCAGCUUUGAGAGGCAUGAAGAUGCACAAAGGGCUGUUGAUGACAUGAAUGGAAAAGAACUUAAUGGAAAACAGAUCUAUGUUGGCCGUGCCCAAAAGAAAGUGGAGAGGCAAACGGAGCUGAAACGCAAGUUUGAACAAAUGAAGCAAGACAGGAUUACCAGAUAUCAGGGUGUCAACCUUUAUGUGAAAAAUCUGGAUGAUGGAAUUGAUGAUGAGCGUCUGCGAAAGGAAUUUUCGCCUUUUGGAACCAUUACUAGUGCAAAGGUAAUGAUGGAAGGUGGUCGCAGCAAAGGAUUUGGAUUUGUUUGCUUCUCCUCACCUGAAGAAGCUACCAAAGCUGUGACUGAAAUGAAUGGUAGGAUUGUUGCCACUAAGCCGCUUUAUGUAGCACUGGCUCAACGAAAAGAAGAAAGGCAAGCCCACCUUACCAAUCAGUAUAUGCAGAGAAUGGCAACUGUAAGACCAGUACCUAACCCAGUCAUUAAUCCAUAUCAGGCAACACCACCUUCUGGGUAUUUCAUGGCGGCCAUUCCUCAGGCUCAAAACCGUGCUGCAUAUUACCCUGCUAGCCAGCUUGCUCAACUAAGACCAGGUCCUCGCUGGGCAACACAAGGCGCUAGGCCUCACCCAUUCCAGAAUAUGGCAGGAACACUCCGUCCCACAGCUCCUCGACCUCCAACCUUUGGAGCAAUAAGGCCAACUUCUUCACAGGUGCCAAGAGUCAUGUCCACUCAACGUGUUGCUAAUACUGCAACGCAGACAAUGGGACCUCGACCUGCUGCUGCUACUGCUGCUGCUGCUGCAGCAGCAGCUGCUCGCACUGUGCCACCAUACAAGUAUGCCGCAGGAGUACGUAAUCCUCAGCAACAUCUUGGUACACAGCAGCAAGUUCCUAUGCAACAGCCAGCUGUUCAUGUGCAAGGCCAGGAACCGUUGACAGCUUCCAUGCUGGCUGCUGCCCCUCCACAGGAGCAAAAGCAAAUGUUGGGCGAGCGUCUGUUCCCACUUAUCCAGCAAAUGCAUCCAACUCUGGCUGGAAAAAUUACUGGAAUGCUUCUUGAGAUUGAUAACUCUGAACUGCUUCAUAUGUUGGAAUCUCCAGAGUCUCUACGCUCCAAGGUUGAUGAAGCUGUAGCUGUAUUGCAGGCUCACCAAGCAAAGGAAGCUGCACAGAAGGCUGUCAGUAAUCCUGCAGUUGUUACAGGUGUUUAAUUUGAAAUAUCAAGAUGACAUGAAACUGAGCUUCACUGAAGGGAGAAAAAAGAAACUAAACAUUGAAAAGCUGCAAAACUCCUAAAACAUUGCAAAAAACAUAAAAUUGAUUAAAAAAAUGUGUAAGCAUUUAUCUGAAACAGGUUUGCCAGGACUAGCAGACUUCAUGUUAGUUCUUGACUUAAUACAAAAAUUAAAAAAAAAAAGCAAAAUAAAAAAAAUAGGCCCGGGGAGCUAGGUGUUUUUGUUUUUCUUUUACACAGUAAAAAAAGAUAAAAACAUUCCUAUGAUUUUGUAACUCCUGCUGUGGAAGUGCUCGGAUUAUCAACACUGUUAUAGUUGGCAAUGUGCAUUUGAUAUCCGAGUAGCAGUUGAAACAUGGAUAAUUAUCUUACUUUAAUAAAAAUGCUUAAACAUUGA